UUUCCAUUUUCCGCCAGGAAGAAACAUGGCUGCCUACUGUUCACCGACGGGACUUUUAUUUACGUUUCGUUUGCUAUCUGUUUUAAGACAGACAGAGGGGAAACGAGCCAGUGUCAGAAGCUACAUUGUGUAACAAUUCAGUCGUUAGAGUUUCGGUAAGAAGACGCCAUUUUUCCAAUCGUAGUGACUGAGCGUUACCGUUACCGACAGCCUGAUUGGUUUUUCAUUUUUGCUGAGCUGUCAAGCUGCUCAUCGGUGUCGGACGCGUUAGGACUGCAAUUGAUUUGCCUUUGUUAUCGUGCUAAGCUAGCUAAACAACAUAACCGCGAGCCCAACGCAUAUAUGCCACAUCCGGUAAUUGUCGCUAUGUUUAGCCCCGUGGAGUCUUCUUAUUUCAGAGUCAGCCCGGACAGUGUCAACAGAGAACUCGGCAAAACCAAGAUGAGAUAGCAAGAGUGCAUAUCCGAUUGCUAGCACAUGAUUUACUACUAGGAAGAGCCCCAGAAAAACUCAGAGAAAAACGGAUUAAAUCACUCAAACAGCAUGUUUGGGAAUCUUUUCGAGGAAGAGGAGGAGGAAGGCCUCUCUUCGACUGCCUUUAGGGGGAGAGUUGCAAAGGGGGGAGACGAGCCACCUCCACCCCGAGGAAGAAGCAAUCUGUGCGGCAUCAAGAACCAGGGGGGGACCUGCUACCUGAACUCUCUGCUCCAGACCUUGCUGUUCACCCCAGAGUUCAGAGAGGAGCUGUUCAGUUUAGGGUCAGAGGAAUUAGGAUCCCUAGAAGACCAAGAGAAACCAGGGGCCAAAGUCAGAGUGAUCCCACUGGAGCUACAGAGACUGUUUGCCAGUCUGCUGCUGGUGGACCAGCAGAGCGCCUCCACCGCUGACCUCACCAACAGCUUUGGCUGGAACAGCAGCGAGGGAACAAAUCAGCAUGAUGUGCAGGAGCUGAACAGGAUUCUGUUCAGUGCAUUGGAGCACUCUCUUGUGGGCACCACUGGCAGUACAUUUAUCCACCAGCUGUAUCAUGGGACCAUUGUCAACAGCAUCGUCUGCAAGGAGUGUGGUAACGUCAGCCAGAGACAGGAGGACUUCCUGGACCUGACUGUGUGUGUUUGUGGCGUGUCUAGCCUGCAGGAGGCUUUGUGGAAAAUGUUUGUGGAGGAAGAAUUGUUUGAGGGCAAUAACCUGUACCGCUGUGCAAAGUGUGACAGGCUGGUCACUGCUGCCAAGUCUGCCAAGCUGAAGAAGCUUCCUCCAUUCAUGACCAUGUCAUUGCUGAGAUUCAGCUUCGACUUUGCCAAAUGUGAGCGAUACAAGGAGAUGGGACGCUACUGUUUUCCCUUAACCAUCAGCCUACGGCCAUUUUGUGAAGAGGCCGAUGGCGACGACUCUGAUUACUCCUACGAGCUGUUCUCUGUGAUCAUCCAUAAGGGUGGCUGCUAUGGUGGCCAUUACCAUGUUUAUAUCAGGGACAUUGACCAGCUUGGCCAUUGGGAGCCGCCGGAGGAGGAAUGCAAACCCAAGACUCAGAAGAAAGUCAAGGAGGAGGUCAAGCAAAUAUGUGAGCCAAAACUACAAGAAGAUGACCCUUUGUCUGUCAUCACUGCUAUUAUUGCACAGGAGCCAUCAAAGAGUGUCCUGUUGGACCAGCUGGGACAGAAACUCAUGGAUAAGAUUGGUUCAUCCUGGAGCAAAAAGUUCAGAAAACACUACGGACCCAUAGGAAAGUUCCUGCAGUCCCACAGUGAUGUUUUCAUGUUGGUGUCCAAUGGUACUCGAGUGGCAGUGAAGGCAAACCCGCCAAGCCCGGUGAAUGACCCCCUCGGCUCAGCAGAGCAGACCAAUAACUCUGAUCCUUCAACACCUUCGGACCCCGGAGCUGCUGACACACAGCCAGGACUAGACCAGAAGCCGGAGCCUGAACAAAAGCAGGGUAGCCACUGGUUUGAUCUUAACGACUCCACAGUGACCUCCAUCAGGGAGUCUGACAUAGAGAAGCAGUUCCAGGGCAAAGAGAGCGCUUACAUGCUGUUCUACAGAAAAACACAGCUGCACAGACCCAGUGAAGCUCUGAACAAUCCCAAAUAUAAAGUUCCUCUUAACCUCAUCCAAAUGGCUCAGGAGGAGAAUGUCAAAGUGCAGAAAAUGCGCGAGGAGUUUGAAGCCACUAAUAACACAGUCGAGCUGCGUCUACACCUGGCACCCUCUUUUAGGCUAGAAAAUGGAGCACUGCAACCAACUGGCAAAGAGCAGAACGGAAGCACCACUCUGAGUUUUGACCGUAGAAAGACUGUGGGAGAUCUUCGAUUAGCAAUUUACCAGAUGCAAGAACUCUGGGAAGGCGAUAUGGCUCUGACUGUAGCCAGGAUCCUUCCUGCAGGUCUACACAUCUAUUUUUUUUUUGCAGAUGACAGUAUCUCCCUGUACAGUGCAGGCAUUUGUACAAACUCUGAAUUGUUUGUGUGGAACGGCAGAGAGGUGCGUGGUGCGACUGUCCUAACUGGAGCAGAGUGGGAGCCAGUCCUGCUGAAUGUAGUCCGUUUGGGGAAUAUCGGAAAUCUUUUGGGAAAAGGAGAAAAAAAAAAAGAUCCUGAGGAAAGGGGGUCUGCUGUAACCAGGAACAUAAGGGAGGAAAGAGAAAAAAAAAAAGGGGGAAAGAAAAAAAAAAAAAAAAAAGGGGGGGGGGGGGCCCCGCGAAGAGACAACGGACGUCGUCGACGUUUAGCCAAUAAAAUGAAACCUCCGCGGGGGGUGGUUUUUUUCCGUGUUUUUACUAGUGUCUUCUUAACUUUGCUUAGCGUGUUCACUCUAAACGGAGACGUUGUCACUGUGACUACACCGUCUGACUGCCGCUGGCUCCAGGUGGAGUUUUCACCACAUGGAGGAGGAGUAAAAGGGGAUAAAGAAGAGGAGAGGAGGAAGGUCAAGGUUCCAGCUACAGGAAAUAUGCUGCUGUGUGAGGUGAAACAGAGGGCCAUAGAUGAGCUGCAACUACAGGAGCAACUCUCAGGUGCACAGUACUGUCUGAGACAGGUGGACUGCAUAGGGAAACUCCUUCCUCCAGCGUGUGAGGAGUUGAGUGUUCGCGAUGCAGGGGUGCGACUCAUGACCACACUCAAUCUCUGUCCGGGAAAUGCCCCCAAGGCAUCACAGCUUUUCUUGCACUUCUCUGUGGGCACAGAGCCCUCUGCUGGCAUGGAGAUGGACAUCAUUGUGGAGAAAACAUGUACUGUCAAAGAGUGUCUAAAGGAAAUGCUGGAUGCUGCUGGACUUGAAGGCACCUGUUGGCACCUAAGGAGGCUUGAUUGGUGUGAGGAGGUUGGAGAGCCAAUUAUGGAUGAGGAUGCUUCUCUGUCAGAACUGAAGAUAAACAAUGGAGAGACAUUAGUCGUCACAGAAGGACAACUUCCUCCAAAGGGUUUUCUCAAGUUAUUUGUGUGGCUGUAUCUGGAUCCCAGAAAUAACUCUGCACUUUCCAUGGAUUUUAAUCACACUGACAACGGCCUCACUGAGGAACAAAUGCUGGAGGUUGUGACUGCAGGCGAAACACACGGUCACUCCCCUCCUCUGGGUGCCAGCAACAUAGCAGAGCUGAGAAAUGCAGGACAGGUGGAGAUAUCAGAUGAAGCCACGCUGGAGGAUCUCAAGAUUCAGGUGUUGACGCUGCCUGCCCUUCAGGAUGUGUGUGUGCCGACCACUGCGUUCAUGCGUGUGUGGCAGCUUGAGGGACGGAGGCUGGCACGUAUCCUCAGAGGACAACAGCUCACUCUCAAAAAAUUAAAGCUGACCAGUGGCACAGACCUUUGUGUGCAACAGCUACUAAAAGAAGAAGAUCUUGGUCCAAAAGAUGUGAUGCUGAAUAUUAAAAUGGGAGUACCAGGGGAGAGGUGUUACUACCCUCCAGAGGAGCUGGUUUGGGAUGCAACCCGUGACUCUUCUCCUCGCUCUCUACGCACUUGUCUGGCUGCACAUUACGGCCUCUCCCCUGACUCUCUGCUGUUGGCCAAACACCAGCCAGACAAACACACCUGGGAGGAAAUAUCAAACUGGAGCCAGCAGGCUUCCAAAAAGAAAAAGAAGAAAAAGGCAGAAUCCUUACUGGGAGCACCAUUUCACCUCAAAGAUGGCGACACAAUCGGCAUCAAGAAUCUUUUGAUUGACAACAACAGGGACUUCCUCACCCUGGAGGAUGAACGGGGCCAGCAGAGGCUCAGAGAGCAGGCAGAGCAGCGGAGGAAUGGAGGGCAGACUGCAGGCUCUGAUGGUGUUGGACCACAGAAGAAGACUGGACCGACCAAAUCCAGGAAACCAGAGGUAGCGCUGUCAAUCAGUGUUGGGGUAUUCAGAUAGCACCCUGCUCCUAGGGGUGCAUGGACAAAUCAGAACUACCACAUAGCACACAUACACUGAUGCCAUGAUGCGAUUAGGACAAUCCACUUGACGUCAGUCUUGUGCCAUUUAUUUCCUCAUCUUUCAAAACUGAUUAAAAGCGGACUCUUUUGUUGACAGAAAGAGAAGGAAGUUCAUGUUGGCAAUUUGAUUUGCUAUUUUGUAACAACUGACUGUAUUUGCGUUUAUAUCUUUUUAACAUGUUUGUCUUGCUUCCUCUCUACAAUGUUUUUAAAUUACAACCACCGCAUGCCCUUUAUUUCAACAUUAUGCAUAAUGCUUGUUUUUUUUUUCUUUUUCUGAGGCUUGUUUGACGACAGUGUGGCCUGCCUGGAUCAGUAGCUAAUUUGUAACAUUAUACUGAAAGUAUGAGCCCAGAAAAAAACUGUUUCUACUUAAAUUUCUUGUUAUUGCAGGCUGGCACUUACUGACGUUUCUAUCUCCUUACUGUUUUGUAUAAACUAUAGCAAUCAGGGUGAAGACCAUACUUGUGGCCACCAGCCAGUGGCUUUUUUUGACUUUGUUUAAUAAGUUGUCCUGUACAACAAGCCACUAUAGUAGGAUAUCUAAUGUGUUUUAAGUGAUGCUCAUUUUUAUGAUAAACCUGUCACUGUGCGGCGAGAACAACAAAGUUUAUCUGGUUCAUGGGCUUGUUUUAGGUUGAUAAAGGAGAGGAGAGAUAGGCCUUAAUGUGGAGAAGCCUUGGUGCUGCUCUGCCCUUUCCUACCUCACUCUCUACCUCUCUUACUCUACCUCUGCUGCCCUGUUCUGUUAGUCAACUACGGUUUAAAGUAUUUCAGUAAUGCUAUAAUUUGGCUCUUUGCAUUUUCCACUUAAGGUGUGACAUCACACAUUAACUCUGAUGAGCAUUUGUUUACCCCACCCCCCCCCCUUAGAGAAAAUCAAAGCACACUGUCUUCUCUUUCUCCAAAAUCUAUCAUCAGUCAAACAUCAUUGUGUGUUAUGUAACCAUCUAUGAUGCCAGAUGAAUUUGCUGCUCACUGCUGCUUCAGAAAUAUACUGUAAAACAAAUCCUUUCUGCCACCAUUUUUCUUGAUUAUGUAAAAGUAAAGAUCCAUGAGUUGCUCCAUGAGUUUUCAUUGUGGAACAUUUAAUUUUUCAUUUGCAUGCACUAUAUGUGAACUUCAGGGAAGUAUAAAGCAUUCUUAUUGAUAAUUUAUUUGAAAAAGGUUACAAAAUAAUUGUUACUGUAAAUUGUGAUGUUUUUUUUUUUGAUUAAGGGGAAUCUGAAUUUGUUAUCAUUUCUACGCUGCUUGCAGGUUUUGUUUCAUGUAUAGAUCUGGCCUUAAAUAGUGCCAAGAAUUUGCAAGCAGUACAUUUUUUUGACAAUAUACUUAUCAAUAGUGACAUUUCCUUUUGUAUCAUUUACUAGUGUUAUUGAUUACAUUUUUAGUGUUAUUGAUAAGGAAUGCUCUACUGUAUAUGACAGUGGACAUCUGUUUGUAUCUGUAAAAUUGUUUCUGCAGGAAAUAAUUUACCAACAAUAAAGGUAUACAGUUGUAA